AUGUUCAAUCAAUCUCCUAUCAUUGGUCUUGUCUCAUUAUUUUUUCUUGUCUUGAUUACGUUAUCUACACAGGUUGAAGCAAAAUAUGGCUGCUGUCUUGAAACUACGUCCAGUGGAUUUGGCCAUUUUUGUGAUAGCAGUAAAACUGAAAACGCAUGCAAAAAUAGUGGAUUUCAGUACUAUAAAGGAUUUGUGAGAAUUGGAAAUGGAUGCGAUCUUGGUGACCUAGAGACUACGAAUGUAGAGGCAAGAAGAAAACUUUUUAAUUUUGAGUCCCGAUGUGGUGGAAGGUAUACUUACAAGGUCUAUUGA